AGCGAAAUCAGAAUUCAGGACGACAAAGCCCUUUUCUGCUCAAACCUUUUUUUCUUUUACAUGUUUUUAUUUCUAAUUUCCUUCUUCAAAUCUUUUAAAGAAAAAAACCAACGCCGCAAAGAGAAAAACACUCGUGGGUCGUACGUGGGCUGCCUUUUCACUUUCGUCCUCAUUAUUUUACCUCUUCAAAUUUAAAACCCCUCCAAAAUCCCUCUCAACGCUACUCCGGCAAAAGGAGCUAAGACUUUUAAUUUUUUCUCCCCAUAGCAGUAGCAUGUCAAACUCGGGCGGGUACGCGGUAGCCCGAACUCAGACGAGGGACCGAUUCUACAAUCCGCCAGCGCUGAGGCGACAUCAGCAGUUGCAGAGGAGGCAACUCACACACAGACCGUUGCUGAGUGAGCUACGGAAACCGUCGGAUAAGGAGAGCCGAGUCAACUCAGUCGAUUCAGUGGCUGAGACUCGGGCAGAUUCUGACGACUCUACAUUGUCGAGGCCUAACUCGGUCUGCUACUCUUCGCCGAAUAUUGCUAAAUUGACCAAUUUGGAUAGGCUCAUGGAAUCAGUCACCCCUUUUGUCCCGGCUCAUUGCUUCUCUGAGGCACAACUGAGGGGAAAGGAAACCCGUGAAGUGGAUUUACGCUUAUAUUAUUGGCUCGGUGAUCUUUGGGAAUGUUUUAGCGAGUGGAGUGUAUACGGAGUCGGAGUGCCGCUAUUGUUGAAUGGGAGUGAUUCUGUUAAGCAAUACUAUGUUCCUUACUUGUCAGGCAUACAAUUGUAUGUAGAUCCACAUCAGCCGAGGAGGACUAGUGACAUCGGUGAUGCUGAGUCUUCAAGAGAAAUUAGUAGUGCUGGAACUAGCGACUCUGAAACAGACAGGAGAGUGAAAGGUGGUAUUGAUGGAGCUUGGGCGCAUCACAACUCCGAGAGGACAAAUGGAUCUCCUAUGAGUACCUCUAGUGAUGAAGUGGAGGUUGGCAAGUCAAAUGGGCAGCUGGUUUUUGAAUACUUUGAACAAGAGCAACCACAUCAUCGGAAACCUUUAUAUGACAAGAUUUCAAGUCUUGCAUCUCAAUUUCCAGAGAUCAGGAUGUACAGGAGCUGUGAACUAUUGCCAGCAAGUUGGAUAUCGGUGGCUUGGUACCCAAUAUACAGAAUACCUAUGGGUCCAACCCUCCAAAAUCUGGAUGCAUCUUUCUUGACGUUCCAUUCUUUGUCAACACGUUCUCAAAGUAAAAAUCAGCUGGAGUAUUCUGCUUCUAGCAGUAGGAAAGCCUGUGGUGUUGAUCCCUAUUCAAAUAUCUCUCUACCUGUUUUUGGUCUUGCUUCCUAUAAAUUGCGAGGUUCAAUUUUGACUCCCGGUGGUAUCCAAGAAUCGCAGCAAGCAAGCUCUCUGUUACAGGCUGCUGACAAUUGGCUGCAAUGCUUACAAGUCCGACAUCCUGAUUUCCAGUUUUUUUUAUCACAUAACUCACAGUGGAGAUAACAAAGACUGCUUGUGGUUGCAUGAUGUGGAGGAGGAGAUCAGCUUCUGCUACUAGAUAGCAUUCAUCGAGAUUCCCAGGCAUUGGAAACGAUGGGUACAAGACAGCUGUUUUGCAAUAUUUACUGGCAGGAUCCAAGAAACUAUGAUUUGCUCAUUGGAAUCUUGAUCAUCACUCAAUUGUUUUGCUGUGUGGCUGGUUCAAGUUUUGUCAUGGUAUGGUUGUGAAUCAUAAGCAUGUAACCUUGUUUCUCUGCAUCAACAUGAUUCUCUAAUGAACAUUUACAAAUAUCGACAAAA